GCGGGCGGGCGGGCGGGCGGCAGCAGCGGCGGCGGCGGCGGCAGCGACGUAGCCUCGCGGCCCCAGCGGCCCCCGCGGCAGUGCGGCCGAGCCCAGACGCGCUCGCUGCCCGCUCGGCCCCGGCCGCCGCCCUCGCCGUCGCCCGGAUGAAUUCGUACUUCGUGAACCCGCUGUACUCCAAGUACAAGGCGGCGGCCGCAGCGGCGGCGGCGGCGGCGGCGGCGGCGGGCGAGGCCAUCAAUCCCUCUUACUACGACUGUCACUUCGCGCCCGAGGUCGGCGGCCGCCACGCCGCCCUGCAGCUCUAUGGCAACAGCGCGGCCGGCUUCCCGCACGCGCCCCCGCAGGCGCACGCGCACCCGCACCCGUCCCCGCCGCCCGCUGGGCCCGGGGGCGGCCCGGGCCCGGGGCCCGGCCAGGACUACUUCCACCCCGGCGGGGGCAGCGCGGCCGCUGCCUACCAGGCCGCCCCCCCGCAGCCUCCGCCUCCGCCGCCGCCUCCCCCCUGCGGCGGGAUUGCCUGUCACGGGGAGCCCGCGAAGUUUUACGGAUACGAUAACUUACAGAGACAGCCGAUUUUUACGACCCAGCAAGAGGCCGAGCUGGUACAAUAUCCUGACUGUAAAUCGUCCAGUGGUAAUAUUGGCGAGGACCCAGACCACUUAAAUCAGAGCUCGUCUCCUUCUCAAAUGUUUCCCUGGAUGAGACCACAAGCAGCUCCUGGUAGACGAAGAGGAAGACAAACCUACAGUCGGUUCCAAACCCUAGAGCUGGAAAAGGAAUUCCUUUUUAACCCUUAUCUGACCAGGAAAAGAAGAAUCGAGGUUUCCCACGCCCUAGCCCUCACGGAGAGACAGGUAAAAAUCUGGUUCCAGAACAGGAGGAUGAAGUGGAAAAAGGAGAACAACAAGGACAGAUUUCCCAUUUCCCGACAGGAGGCGAAGCUCGGGGAGACCAAAGAGGAAGCUGGAGAGCUAGAGGAAGACGGGGCUGGAGGCCCAGCAGAUUAACUUCCACCUCCAAGUGUUAUCGCAGACGGUUAAAACUAAUGGCCAGCCUUGCUGGCGGGCCCCACCUGUGGUCCUCGUUGGAAAAGAGCUUACCUGUGUUGCAAGCUACCUUCAUGCCACUGCUCUUGAGAUUUCUGCGCUUUGAAAGGAAUGUGGGUGUUUUUAAAGUUUCUAGUAUCACAGAGAAGCAGUCCUUGAGCUGUCCUAUGAAAGGGUAAUUUGAUACUGACUUUGUAGCCAUAGUUUUUGUAAUGAUAGUUUUUAAUGUCUGAACUGGCGAUUUUCCUCAACAACGUAAACUUCCUAAUGAUUAGCACUAAUAAUUGAGUAUAAAAUGCUUUAUUAAUCAAUCAAGUGCACUUGAACAUUUUAAAUCUUUUCUUUAUGGUGAGUAAAUUAAAGUAAAUCUAUUAAUUUUAAAAAGAAUUAUGCCUGCAGAAUAUGUACUUUAUAUUAUUUGAUUAAAACAUUAUUUAUGGUUUUCUCUUUCUGCUUUUAUAAUGGUUCGGGUGCCUUUUGUUUACUUGUAAAAGGGUGUUUUGUUUUGUUUUUAGUACUUUGUAAAUGUAAUAUCUCGGGGAAAUGUCUGGGCCAAAUAUUUGAAAAGCACAUGGCAGCUGGCGAGUGAGGGCAGCUUUGCAGCUCCUUUAAACUUCAGGAAAAUUGUUGGGCCAGUGACGAAAGUGUGAGGACAACGUCAAAGUCACUCUUCUCUCAUCCAUGCAAAUUAUGGCAAAUAACUAACUGAAAGUGAACAAAUACUUGAAAAACCAAUUGUGACAUUUUCGCUCGUUAACUUCUCACUUGGGUGAGCUGCCGCGUGGAGUGCCUCUCCUUUCUCAACUUGCUUUCGUUUUGAACCGCGCCUGUGUUCGCCUGAAAUCGGUCUCUCUCCACGGCGGGGCUGCGCUGCGAUUCCAGUUUUUGAGUAGGUGCCAUAUUUAUUUGUAUGCCUUCGCUGCGUUUGCACACUCCUUUUAACCCUCCUCGCUGUGCCUGUCUCCAGAUGUCGGUUGGUACGUCCUCUGCUGUUCCUCAGGAAAAUGAUGGCCUCACCUAUUUGAAACCAACGCAGAAAAAUCCUAGUGUAAACAACCGCUCGGUUACAAAGCUAGCUCCUGAAUAAAGAAGUGAACGUC